CAUUCUGCGAGCUGCUUGGAGACAUCAUUGCGUGUGUGUGAGUGUGUUUUUGUUUUUUCUUUUUUUUUCUUUUCCUCUUCUUAUUAUCACUUUGUCCCCUAAGUGUCCUAGAGACUCAUCCGAGUGUAAACAUGAAGUUCUGGCCACACAAGUGUCCCCUCCGCAUCUCGGCUUGGAAGAGCGCUGCCAUAUAUUUCGACUGAAGGGUAUCAUCUUCUCAUCCUCCAAAGUGACUGUUCUGAGACUUGCAACUACAACCCCUACUAUCUCUCCAUUUCUCCAACUCCAGAAAAAGUUUGGGGGGGGGUUCUCUUUUUUUUUUAUUUGUUUGAACUUUAUUAACCAAAUUAUGGCAAAUUCAGGGAUCCAGCUUCUUGGCUACUUUUUGGCAUUGGGAGGAUGGAUUGGAAUCAUCUCGACUACAGCGUUACCUCAGUGGAAGCAGUCGUCCUAUGCCGGAGAUGCCAUCAUCACGGCGGUGGGACUAUACGAAGGCCUGUGGAUGUCGUGCGCUUCCCAAAGUACUGGGCAGGUGCAGUGCAAAGUCUACGACUCUCUUCUCUCCCUGGAAGUUCACAUCCAGGCGACACGGGCUCUCAUGGUGGUGGCCUUACUCCUAGGAUUCGUUGGAAUUAUUAUCAGUGUUGUUGGAAUGAAAUGUACCAAAGUGGGUGACAACAAUCCCAUCACGAAAGAUAGAAUCGCGGUGGCAGGCGGCAUCCUCUUCCUGUUAGCAGGUUUACUGACCUUAAUAGCUGUCUCUUGGUACGCAACGCAAGUCACUCAUGACUUCUUUAACCCGAAUACUCCGGUUAAUGCACGGUAUGAGUUUGGCUCCGCAUUGUUCGUAGGGUGGGCCGCAGCCAGUCUCACCAUGCUAGGAGGAGCCUUCCUGUGCUGUUCAUGGCCCAAUGAAGAGAGAAGAGGACAACAGUAUUAUAGACAGUCCCAACCAUCAGGAACAACCAGAGAAAUUACAAAAGUUCCCAUGAAGAAAAAAGAAGAGACCAGUUAAUGUGAGCGCCAACCAUGACAUCAAUGUUACAUAUGUUUUGGGAAGGAAACAGUAGAAGAUUCUGGAAAUGGAACAAGGAUUAUUUCAUCCUAUAUAGAGACUGUUACUUUAGUCAGAGACUUUUCCUGUAAAGAAAAUGUGGCAGAUCUUCUGUAACGGAGAGGAAUCCAAACGUAGAGGAACCUAUUGUAAAGAAUCAGAGGUGUGCUAUAAAUGUUACUCCCCAACACUGUCCUUUACAGACUUCUACUUCACCGGGGUGUCCCACAAUGUAAUCCUGCCUUACUCUCCUUUCCCACCAUUGUCCUUUAGACUCUGCCUUCCUUCCUUUAGUGCCUCAUAAAGCCCAGUCUACUGCUCAAUCCCUGGUUGUGUCCUACUUCUCACCAAUAUUCUACAAACUCUUCUUUUCACCAAUGUCUUCUAAACGCUACAUAAGAGUCCUACACAUUCCCCUCCCUACUGGUGUCCUUUGAGCUAGUUCCCGGUUUGGUCCUAUAAACCCUUCUGUCCAGUAGUGUUCAGUGAACCUUCUUGCCCUGUAGUCUUCUAUAAAGCAAACUCUCCCGUUGUGUCCUACAAACCCCAUCUCCUAUAAAGUCCGCUCUUCUGUAGUGUUCAAUGAACCUCCUGCCAUCUACUAUCCUAUAGACCCCUGUACCUUGUGGUAUCCUACAAAGCCAUCUUUUGUGUAGCGUUCAAUGAACCUCCUCCCAUCUAGCAUCCUAUAAACCCUAGUUCCUGGUUAUAUACUAUAAAGCCUUCUCUCAUGUAGUGUUCGAUGAACCUCCUCCCAUCUAAUAUCCUAUAGACCCCAGUCCCUUGUUGUAUUCUAUAAAACCUUCUCUUCUGUAUUGUUCAAUGAAUAUCUUCCAUCCUGGUAUCUUGUAAACCUCCUGGGUAUUUGCUAUUAAGUCUUAUCUUCUGUAUUGUUUAAUGAAUCACUUUCCCUCUAGUAUCCUAUAAACCCAAACCCCAUUUUAUACCCUAUAAAGUCUUCUCUUUAGGGAGCAGAGGAUGGAUCCUUUACUUGGUGCUUCCUUCUUUGUAGAUAAAAGAUGAUUCAGUCAUAAGUAAGGUCCGAUUCACUUUGAUGUCUGUUAACCUAACACAUUUUGAGGCUGUACUAGCCACUUCUUCAGGUAAGACAAAAAAUAUGUGAAUUACCUUCAGGCCCUAUAGUAACCUCUAAACGCCUCUUUUGCUCGCUAGUAUUGAUGAGCAGCAGGGGCCAUAUUCAAAUUCGCUAUAUUUUGCGAAUAUAUGGAUGAAUGUUCGUAAAAUUCACAUAUUCAUUAUGUUCGUUCUCAUGUUUUUUUCAUGCAAAAAUUGGUAAUGAAAUUCGCAUAGUGCGCAUGCGCAAUUAUUUUACCUAAAAGAAGGGAGGCAUCAGUGUCCAGUCUGAAAGUGCCGAUAUUUGCAUAAAUAUUAGCAUAAAUUUGCAUUAAAAACGUAAUAUUCGUCAUUCCGUAUAUAUUACUAUAUUCUAAAUAUUCGCAUAGUGCCGAUAUUCGCGGAAAAAAUUUGCAUUUCGAAUAUUCGCGCUCAACACUACUCGCUAGUAUGCUGAAACCCUACUCUCUAGUAGUAUCAUAUAAACCCUACUUGUUUAGUGGUUUUCUAGAAACCAUAUUUCUAAUGGGUGUCAUGGAAAUCCUGUGUUGUCCUAUAAAUCGUAAUCCCUAGUGAUCUUCCAUGAACCCUACUACCUUGUAGCAUCCUACAAAUCCUUCUCCAUAUCUACCCCCCCCAGUCCUGUACACCCUGCUCCUAAAUAGUUCCCAUAAAUCCUUCCACUCUCCAGCAUUCUGACUAAUAUUGUGGUGUCCAUGGGACGACAUUUUACAAGGUACCAUCAGCAUUAUACAGAAUUGUUGUUUUACCUAAAGUGUAACCAGCCCUACUGAGGUCAUCAAAUAUUUGCUUGUUAUUCUCCAGGAUUUUGGUUAACUUUUGGAUUUUGGAGACAAGCCACCAACUUUUUUUUCUUAUGUAAAUUUUAGCUUUUCUGCAUUCACCAUUGUCUAUUCUUAUUAACAAACUAAACCAAAAAUGUGUUCGAGUAUUUUCCUGUGAAGAGUCUGAUAAGUAAGUUGUCAAUUUAUAAAAUAAUACUUUAACAUCCAGAUAUUUGUCCUUAUAGAAUUGUACAUAUUGGAUAUAGAAUGAAUUCCGAAGAACAUUAAAAAUGUUUUGCUGUGAAUUUUUAACUUUUUGUCAACUAAUAAAAUAAAGGUAAUGA